CGGUGAGGGCCGCAGCGUGGCUUGGCUAGUGACUACAUUCAAUUCAGUCAACGCUCAGCCUUGUUACAACCGUUCCUAGAGUGUAACGUUCGCGUCAUAAUAUUCCGCAAACACGCGCCAAAGUUUCUGGAUUAAACAAUGAAACAAAAAUAUAUUAUUAAUAAGUGGAUAUAAACAUCCGUGUGUUCUGCUAUAUUUCAUUGUAUCUUUAUAAGUUCGUCAAAAUAUUUUCAAGUGAAAGCGUAAAACUUAAAGUGUGUGGCGUUGAAAUUGCUUUAAGAAAUUGUUGUUAUUGUGUUUCAAUAUGGGAGCCUAGGAUUUGUUGGAUGAGAAGAAAAAUUGAUUAGAAAGUGACUUUGGCAACGAGAUGGGGACCAACCGGUUGCUUUCACCGUAUACUUUGGUGUUGAUUUGUACAGUAAUCGGAGUAAUUCGUGGUGAUGAUGAGCAGCACGACUCGCGGGAAGGUGACGACGUCACGAUGCAGUGUAGAUUCGGUUCCGAGGUGAAUCCUGGUGAUUCUCCAACCUACUACUGGGUACGGAGUACAGCAAGCGGCCAUGACAACGUGGCAAUAGGAAAUAUACCCCUUGAAACAAAUUAUAAAGUAAUGUACGCUCCGUCAGAGGGACGAUACGAUUUGAUGGUGUCAAAUGUAUCGUACGAGCGUGACAAUGGGAGAUUUGAAUGCCGCAUAAAGGCAGGUGGUUCGGGGAGGACGUUGCACUCGCAGGGACACAGUUUGGUGGUGCUCACUCAGCCGCAGCCGCCACUCCUGAGUCCCGGCACGCAUGCCCAGGCGCAGGAAGGUCGGGAACUCAAUUUAACCUGCUCGACGACAGGUGGAUCGCCUAGCCCUGAUAUCAAGUGGUAUCGGGAUGGUACUACGUAUCCACUAGAGGCGAGUGUGAUCAACGGCAGGACGCGGGCGCAGCCUUCAGUGGCCAUUCUUACCCUGGCACCUAGCAGAGAGGACGAUGGAGCGACUUUUCGCUGCGUUGUAUGGAACCGAGCGAUGCCUGAAGGACAAAGACUAGAUACAACUGUUGAAUUAAGUGUAAAUUAUUUUCCUCGAAUUGAAAUCGGUCCGGAGAAUCCAUUGCACGUUGAGAUUGAUGGAACUGCAACGAUGGAAUGUAAAGUUGACGCAAAACCCAAAGUGAGCAACGUGCGGUGGACUCGAAAUGGCAAAUAUAUUUCGAACUCCUUUAUACACACUAUUCAAGGUGUGACAGUGCAAGACGCAGGCAAAUACACUUGCAGCGCUGAUAAUGGGCUUGACCAUCCUGGGGAGAAGGAGAUAUACCUAGAUGUUCUCUAUCCUCCAAGUGUUACGGUUGACUCCAAAACGUACGACGCCGAAGAAGGUGGUACAGUUGAAAUACGUUGUGAAGUUUCUGCUAAUCCUGAACCAAUUUCAAUCGAUUGGACAAAAGAAGGGAAACCUGACUUUCGUCAAAAAGGAAACACCCUCGUUUUGACCAGAGUCGACGCAGAAAUGGCUGGAACAUAUAUUUGCAAAGCCAUAAACGUAAUUACAUCAUCUUCAGGAAAUCGCAUGGAACGGGCUAGUAGCGCUUCAGUCGCUGUAUUGGUGAGACAUAAACCAGGAAGGGCAUUUAUUAGUCCUGAUAGACCCGUAGCUCAAGAGGGUGCAGGUGUAACACUUACUUGUAGUGCUAAGCCUCCAGGCUGGCCGUCUCCUCAGUAUAGAUGGUUCCGGGAUAUUGAUGUCGGAGAUGUCAAACCGAACGUUCUCGCUACUGGCCAUAAAUACACAAUCCCGAGUGCGCAUCUCGGUAGCGAGGGUGUUUAUCAUUGCCAGGCCACAAAUGAACUUGGUCAUGGCGAGAUUGCAUCCGUCAACCUCGAAGUAUAUCAACCUCCGCGCUUCCAAUCAAAACUCCAACCACACAUGAUAAAGAACUCCGGUGAAAGAAAUUAUUCUUUGACCUGCAUUGCAUUGGGAAAACCGCUACCCCAUGUUAAAUGGUACAAAGACAAUUCCGAAAUAAAAGCGGAUGCUAAUUUAUAUGAAGUCAAAACAGAAAUAAAUGAAAGUAGAAACGCGGUGUUCAACAUACAAAGUACGUUACGAUUCAAAGGUCGCGCGAGACCUAAUGGGGAUGACUUACUUCCGGAGGAUAGGGGAGUCUAUUCUUGUUCGUUCGAAAAUGAAGUAAAGAAAGUGGAAUCAACUAUGCAGCUCAGGAUCGAACACGAACCAAUUUCAAUCCGACAACAAAACAAAGUAGCUUACGAUGUGAUGGAGAAUGCUGAAAUAUCGUGUAGAGUUCAAGCUUAUCCCAAACCAGAAUUCCAGUGGUUUUACGGCGCUAAUACGGCACCAUUGCAGAUGUCCUCGGAUGGGCAUUACGAAAUAACUACUACCACCGACAAUAACGACUCCUACUUAAGUAUUCUGCUUAUACGAAACAUUAAAGGACAGGACUACGGCGAUUAUUACUGUAAAGUAAAAAAUUCAUUGGGUAGUAUACGUCCGCAAAUAAGAUUGCAACCAAAAGGUGCACCGGAGUCCCCCCGCGCUUUAGCUAGUCAAAAAGUGGGACCGAGCUUUGUGUCUCUCAAAUGGGAAGCGGGAUUCGACGGGGGAUUAUCUAAUACAAAAUAUUUUGUACUAUAUCGAAGACAGAAGAAUCCAGCUGGCGGAGAACACUGUGCCGCGGAAAGAUUGGACGAGUACGACUGGAAAGAGUACGACUGUCGGCGAUCCAAUCCAUGCAAUGUUACUCGCCUCGAGCAACAUAAUACCUACCAUUUUAAGGUGAAAGCAGUUAAUACAAAAGGGCAGAGCAACUACUCCAAUGAGAUCAUAGUGACGACGAAAGUUGACAUUAUACCUCCGCCGGAACAGGUGACAUUUGAUCCCAGUACGAGAUCCGUUGCGUUCAGUGUGGGACCUACCUGUCUCCCCCUAGUAGGGGUGGUGGAAGGUCUGGGAGCUCUUGGCGGCUGGCAGGUCGUAGAUACUGUUCCACUGCAAUUAUCGGGUAUCAGUUCAACUAUACAAGAAAGUACCCUGGAUCCUCCCACGCCUCGCGGUAGAGGUUCCUCUGUACCGCCAUUGGACCAAUUAAAUCCUAGGGUCCGUCUGAGGCUUUGUUUACAAGACAAUCAAGAUACGUGCAGUGAAUACAUAGAGGCUGAUAUUGGUCCAUCAUACACAAAGGCAGCUGCCGCAUUAACUACUGCCACGGUCAUCGCAAUAGUCGUAUCUUGCCUAGUGUUUUUACUCUUUUUGAGUCUUUUAUUCAUCUUUUGUCGCUGUAAACGUAAUGAGAACAAAAAAGAAGCGUCAAAGGACUAUGAAAUGGACUCAAUGAGGCCUCCCAUGGUGUCGCCACCUAACCAAGCGCCCCCUCCAUAUUAUCCAAGUACGGGGAUGGAGAACAAGGCGCUCGAACAUUCUAUGGACUUGCAAAUGGCUAUGGAUGACUCGAAGAAUGCAGUUUACGCGAGUCAAGGCGGCUACGGGUACCACAUGGCACCCCACGCCCAAGGUCAUCCGGGGCAAAAUAUGUCGAAUGCGGACUGGGUAAAUAUGGGGUAUAUUGAAAAUUGCUACACGAACAGUAACAACGGAGGCAGCGUCAACUCCCAAGAUUCACUUUGGCAGAUGAAGAUGGCCGCGGCAAAUGCGGCACCCAGCAUUCCGCAGCAUCAGAUGGUAGACCGGCAGUGUAAUUAUGGGUAUGAUCCAAUAGCCCAUGGUGGCUAUGGAACAAUUGACGACUACGCCCCAUAUUCUCCCCUGCCCCAUGGCAACCUCAGCACCCACGGUAGUCACGCUGGAGCUGACUGUGCCAUGCGUUCAUCACAGACCCCCUCAAGACAGGACUAUUGCUCCGAUCCAUACGCCUCCGUGCACAAGCCCAAGAAAAGGGUGGAUCAACAUAUCGAAUCACCCUAUCAUGAAGUUAGCGGUCUGCCCGAGACGUAUUGUGGGGGGCCUGAAGACGCCACACCCGAAGACAAGCCGCCCCAUCUAUCUCUUAGCUACGAUGAAUCUCUUGAGUCUGGAUAUUCCACACCUAACUCUCGAGCAAGGAGAGUUAUACGCGAAAUCAUUGUGUAAAUAUGAAAACAUCACUGGUAAAUGUCCUAAUAAAAUUUAUAGGACCACAUAUUUACUUCUACAAUUAUGCAUUCCGCAUAUCUUGCGGAGAUUUCUGAUUGUUCUAAUUUUCAGAUUCUCAUUGAACGUCCAUAUUUUUUACUGAAUAUAAUAAUUCUUUAAAAUAUCACAUGGCCGUGUUUGGUAGAGAAUCGUUACAUAUGUUAAGAUAUUAUUUCAUAUUUUGAGCGAUGAAAAUGUUUAGUUAAAAACAUAAUUAAUAUACGUAUAGGCCGUAUGCCGACAUCAAAUGCAACACAUUGUAAUUACUGUGUUAGUGUUAAUACAUCCAUUAUACAUUACUCUCUGGCAACUGCUUACACGACAAUAGCUCGUACGGGAGAUCGCAGAUGUGCUAAUCAAGUAAUAGAUUGCUCCAAAACAAGAUAUGGCACUAUUAUAAUAUUUGCCUGGUUCAUGUUCCGACAGUGCAAAGGGAAUUCUAAUUACUCAUCUGACUAGCAUCUUGUUCUCAAUAAUUUACACCGUGUCUCAGAGAAAUGAGCUUAGCUCGCUAAGCCUUUGUUGCAUUGUAGUUGUUUCGACAUUCGUUUGUUAAUGUGAAACGUCCUUGCAUUUAAAGUAUACAGGAUCAUUUAUGUAGGGCUACACAACUGUAGUGUAGUGUUUUCAGAUCGAAUAUUUUUAUUUGAUUAUUAAAUUUGUUCUGGGAUAUAAAUGGUAUCUUAGCCCUAGUACAGUAUUUAAUUUUUCAACAAUUUUUUUUACUUACUAAGUAGACAUCAAAUGACAAAUGCUUUAAAAUCACGCAUAAUUAUUUUCAUCUUGCUUGAGAUAUUAGGAAUAACCCGAUAAAGCCUUUUCAAUUAAUGACUGUAAUAACAUUCACUAGACGGCCGUCGGCCAUUGGUGCUUGACAUUUCUUUUUUCGUCUUGGUUCUGGUGCAUGAAUUGAGCAAAGGCUAGUUAGUCCUAAUCUCACGUACAAGAUGAAAAAAUAUCUAAAUACAGUUCAAAGUAACAUUGUUGUACUAAUAUUAAUAGGCUGUUACAUUACAUACCUUGGUUUGAGGUAAAAGAAAACUGUCAGUAGACAAAACAAUUAGGGCCUGUUUCACAAUGUAUGGAUAAAGUACCAAAUACCUAUGCAAGACAUAAAUUAUUCGAAAGAUAAAAGUUCCGAAUAAGGUACUUCGCGUUUCAUGACGAAUAGCGCUAUCUGACAGUCGUGAAACGCAAACUGUUUAUCCUAGCAAUAAGAAGUAGAUAGCUUAUUUGGAACUUAUCCGGACAUUGUGAAAUAGACCAUUAGUCUGUUUGAGUCAUUAAAUCUGAUAAAAGGUAUGAGAACUAUCGUUUCUCAAACAAAAUAUCAUCAUAUAGUUAUAAUUAUCGUUUAAUCACUUAAUAUAAAGCGUGUAUAAAAUCAUAUCUUAAAUAUAAAAAACGCCGUCCUAUUGUCAAAAAUACUCUUAAAUAACUUCGGUGCCAUUAUAAUAAUGUAUUAGGACUUUCGCUAUAUAAGUUUAAUGCCAGCAAUAUCAUUUCCUAUGGCAACCGUAUUAAUUUUUUGAAGCCAAAACGUACUACGCUUAGUAAUAAACUCCUCGUUGCUUGCAAUUACUUUUAACUAUACUUCGUUCAUUUGUGCGGUUAUAAAUGUACAUUUGAUGUAUUUUUGGCUGACUCAACUGCGGUAAAUUUCAACCUUAGAAUUACUUAUGUUACAAGUAAUUUUGUAGAAGUAUUUAAUUAUUAAAUUUCAUUAGGUUUUAUUUCACUACAUAUAUAUCACAAAACGCUUUUCUUUUUAUUGAUGUUAGAAAAUCAAUAUUAUUGUUUUUUAUUUUAUAUUACACACAUCUUUCAUUAUAUAUAAAACUUACACUUAUUAAAAUAAUCAUGUGAUAGCUUUCAUUAUACUCGUAUCAGAUGUCAUUAGUUUUAUUAGUGUUAAAGCACGAAACGGGCCCACCUUUUAUAAAUAGGAUCUGGACCACCGGAAAUGUUCAUUUUAAAAUUAUUUUGUUAUAUACAGGGUGGGAUUUUGUGUUUUUAAAAUUAAAGUUUCAUUCAAGCAACAAUUCUCUGUCCCUUCCAUUAAGGGUAUUUCCCAGGUGGUGUUUUCAAAAAGUUCCAGCCUGUAUAAUGAAUAUUUCUCGUAUAGCUUUGAGUCAUACAUACUUUUACAGAAUUGAAGAUCUCAGACACUCGGCAUCAAUGUGACUGAUAAUUGUUCAAAUAAAAAUAUAUUAUAUAAUUCUAUUGAUAAUCAUAGUGCUUAGGUACAUAGUAUAAUAUUCCGUGAUUAAAAUAUCUUUCGAAUUUAAUGGUGCAAUUCACGUAUUGAAAGAUAUACGUAGAUAUUCGCUUUCGCUCAGGGUCAAUAAUGUGUACACAGCUUCAGUUUCAGUUUUGCACAUACAUACAUAUAUCUUGUCGUCCUUUUCACAUGGCUCAUAAAAAGUAGGAAGGUAAUAUGAAUACCUUGAUUUUUGAUCGAUGAAUAACUUUCUUUAAUACUAGUAUAAGAAAUACAUUUAUAUAAGUGAAAUCUUUGUCUCUUUUUGUGUACAAAUAAAACUUUAACCCACUAUACAACGACAAGUACUUAUGAUCUUAGUUUAUAAUGAAAUAACUUCUUUAUACUUUUUAUAGGUUAAGUUAACGGUUAAGUUUUGUACAUUUAAACUUGUAUAUUUUUAUCUAUACUGUACUUAAACGCCAAACGUUAAUUUGUAACGAAAUGCGCCAUAUUUUAAUUUUAAGAUCUGACAACGUACUUUAAAUUAAUUGUUGUAUUAUAACAAUGAACUUGUGGAAUCUAUUGUAAAUAUUGAUGUAUUAACUUUCGUGAAAAUAAAUUCUUUUUCACACCA